AUGGGCUCGUAUAGACGAACCCUAAGAGGUGGGCUGGGCCUCGUUGGGGUCUCCUUCUUCCUCGCGCUCUCCGUCUUCUUCCCCGGCGCCGCUGAUGCGCAGGCCUCCCCUGCCGACGCCGCCGCAAUGCGGGCGGUGGCGAAGGGCCUUGGGGCGGACAAGUCUCUGGGCUGGUCCGACGCCGCCGACCCUUGUACAUGGCCGCUCGUCUCCUGCUCCGGCAACCGGGUCACCGCCAUACAGAUCGGCAGCAAAAAGGUCGCAGGCGAGCUCGUCGGCGAGCUCCGCAACCUCACCGCCCUCGUCCGCCUGGAGCUCCAGCAGAACCAGAUUGCCGGCCCGCUCCCCUCUCUCGCCGGCAUGGUCACCCUUCAGAUCCUCCUCCUCCACGGCAACCUCUUCUCCUCCAUCCCCGCCGAUUUCUUCUCCGGCAUGUCCGCCCUGCAGGCCGCGUCACUGGACCAUAACCCCUUCGAGCCAUGGGAGAUACCCGCCAGCCUGAAGGACGCCUCCUCGCUGGUGAACUUCUCGGCUAACUCCGCCAACAUCACCGGCACCGUCCCUGACUUCUUCGGCACCGCCUUCCCCAGCCUCUCCCACCUGGCCUUGGCCUACAACCUGCUUCAGGGGGGAAUCCCAGCAAGCUUCGCCUCAUCUUCUUCCUCCUCCAUCCGGUCCCUGUGGUUGAACAACCAGCAGGGGAGCGCUCGUCUCACCGGCCCCAUUGACGUUGUCCAGAACAUGACCUCCCUCACCCAGCUCUGGUUGCAGUCGAACGCCUUCUCCGGCCCUCUGCCGGACUUCUCCGCCCUCGUCGACCUCCAGGACCUGGGACUCAGGGACAACCGCUUCACGGGCCUCGUCCCGCCGUCGCUCACCUCCCUCCCCUCCCUGAGGAAGGUGACUCUGGCCAACAACCUCUUCCAGGGCCCCGUGCCGGUGUUCCCCAUGACCGUUGCGACGGCGGACGUAGACCCAGAGAGCGGAAGGUUCUGCAAGACGACCCCCGGGAGCUGCGACCCUCGAGUGGCCACGCUGCUGGCGGUGGCCAAGUCCUUCGGGUACCCCAGCAGGUUUGCAGAGAACUGGCGGGGGAAUGAUCCCUGCGCAGGGUGGCUGGGGAUCAGCUGCGACGGCGGUGGGAACGUCACCGUCGUCAACUUCCGGGGGAUGGGCCUCACCGGCGUGGUCUCGCCGGAGUUCGCCUCCCUCAAGUCACUCCAGAGACUCUGGCUCUCCAACAACAACCUGACGGGGACGAUUCCGCCAUUGCUGGCCACGCUCCCGAGCCUCAAAGAUCUGGACUUGUCCAACAAUUCGCUCUCCGGGUCGGUCCCUGCAUUCCCUGCCAGUGUUUUGGUGAACACGGCCGGAAAUCCAGCCCUCGGAAGGGACGGCGCCGGUGGUUCUUCCCCUCCCACCGCGAUCGCACCCCUCGGCGGCGGCGGGGGGUGGGACUCAAAUGCGCCGGACAGCGGCGGCGGAUCAACCGAGAGAGCUUCUUCCCGUUCAGUCGGGAUCAUAGUGGGAUCGGUGUUGGGGGCCGUCUUUGGAGCCUCCCUGAUCGGACUGCUGAUCUUCUCUCUGUACAAGACGAAGAAGCGAGCCUCUGGCAGAGUCCAGAGCCCGAACACCACCGUGAUCCAUCCCCGGCAUUCCGGCUCCGAUCAAGACCUGGUGAAGAUCACCGUCGCAGGCUCCGCCGCUCUGACCAGCGGGGCGAGGACCCUCAGCGAGACGCGCAGCACGGCGAGCAGCAUCCCCGCCGGCGGCGACGCCUGCCUGGUCGACGCCGGCAACAUGCUCAUUUCCAUCCAGGUGCUCCGGAGUGUCACCGGCGACUUCAGCGAACAUAACAUCCUGGGCAGCGGCGGUUUCGGGACUGUCUACAGAGGGGAGCUCCACGACGGAACGAAGAUCGCCGUGAAGAGGAUGGAAUCCGGCGUGAUGGGCUCCAAGGGCCUCGCCGAGUUCCGCUCGGAGAUCGCCGUCCUCACCAAGGUCCGCCACCGCAACCUGGUCUCCCUCCUCGGCUACUGCCUGGAAGGGAACGAGAGGCUCCUGGUUUACGAGUACAUGCCCAUGGGCACCCUCAGCCGCCACCUCUUCGACUGGAAAGACGAAGGGCUGAAGCCAUUGCAGUGGACGAAGAGGGUCGCCAUUGCCUUGGACGUGGCCAGAGGGGUGGAGUACCUCCAUAGCCUUGCUCACCAGAGCUUCAUCCACAGGGAUCUGAAGCCUUCCAACAUCCUCCUCGGGGACGACCUCAAGGCCAAGGUCUCUGACUUUGGCCUCGUCCGCCUCGCCCCCGACGGCAAAUGCUCCGUCGAAACCAGGCUCGCCGGAACUUUCGGCUAUCUUGCUCCCGAAUACGCAGGUAUCCUAAAAAUUCCCCGAAGUCGUUGACUUUAUAUUUCUUCCUCGGUCGUUGACUUACUUGGUGUUCCUCCGACAGUGACGGGGCGAGUGACCACGAAGGCAGACGUGUUCAGCUUCGGCGUAAUCCUGAUGGAGCUGAUAACGGGGAGGAAGGCCCUCGACGAGAGCCGGCCGGAGGAGAGCGUCCACCUGGUGUCCUGGUUCCGGCGGGUGCAGCUGGCCAAGGGCGGCGGCGACUUUCGGGAGGCCGUUGACCCAGCGAUCGAGCUGGACGAGGAGACGCUGGCCAGCGUCGCCACCGUGGCGGAGCUGGCGGGGCACUGCUGCGCCCGAGAGCCCCACCAGAGGCCCGACAUGGGGCACGCCGUCAACGUCUUGUCCCUGCUGGCGGAGCUCUGGAAGCCCGUUGACCCCGACGCGGAGGAUGGCCUCGGGAUCGACCUCGAGAUGACGCUGCCGCAAGCGCUGAAGAAGUGGCAGGCCUUCGAGUGCGACGCCCCGCCCAACGGCGGCGGCGGCGCCGCCUCCCCGUCGUCCUUCGCCGCCAGCAACGACACCACCCAGACCAGCAUCCCCACAAGGCCCUCCGGCUUCGCAGACUCCUUCACCUCUGCCGAUGGAAGGUGA